GCUACAUCUGAAUUUUGACUACUGAAGAUUUAAAAAUUUUUGCUUUGUGUUUGUUUGUUAUGUAUUUAUAUAUUAUUGUUUGAAUUUGAAGAAAUAUGACUGCAGAAACUGUGAACACCGAUUUUCUUCCAAUUAUUUACGAUAUAAUUAGAAAUGUGGAGAAAGAUACUUUUGAAAGCAGUCAGAAACCAUUAGAAACAACUGAUACCAAUUUAAAAAUUCCAGAACUUAGAACUAAAUUACAGCAGUGUCGGGAGCAAAUACAAAAAUUGCCUGGCAUUGAAUAUACCAAAGAAGAGCAAAAACGAAGACUGGAUGCACUUCGUGAACAAUUAGUUCAGAAAAGGCAACUUUUGCUUAAAUACAAGAAUAUGUGUCAUUUUGAUAUCCCCAAGAUAUAA